CAAAACUCCUGUUUGUGUUCAGCCGUACAUUGUGGAGAUCUGUGACAGUCUGCGAGGGAUGAUCUUCCGCAAGUUCAUAGAGAGUGACAAGUUCACUCGUUUCUGCCAGUGGAAGAAUGUGGAGCUGAACAUCCAUUUGACGAUGAAUGACUUCAGUGUCCAUCGUAUCAUUGGUCGAGGGGGUUUCGGGGAGGUGUACGGCUGCAGGAAGGCUGACACCGGCAAGAUGUAUGCCAUGAAGUGUUUGGAUAAGAAGAGGAUCAAGAUGAAGCAGGGAGAGACUCUGGCUCUGAACGAGAGAAUCAUGUUGUCCCUUGUCAGCACAGGGGACUGUCCGUUCAUAGUGUGUAUGACAUACGCCUUCCACACACCAGACAAACUCUGUUUCAUUCUGGACCUGAUGAACGGAGGGGACCUACACUACCACCUGUCCCAGCAUGGUGUGUUCAGUGAGAAGGAGAUGCGUUUCUACGCAGCAGAGAUCAUCUUGGGACUAGAACACAUGCACAACCGCUUCGUCGUCUACAGAGACCUCAAGGUAGGACUCUCCAUACACCUUUUAAUCACAUCCCCUCUUUCUAGUUGUUCUAUCUAGAGACCUGACUGCUGUAUACCUCCUUUAUCCCUCUGUUUAUCUCUCCCUCU